AACAAACUUCACAUCGUCUCAUUUCAUUGGCCCAUUGUAGUGUAACCUAUCAGAAUACGUACCCAAAUCGGAGUUUAUGAGAAACUCGGUACAAGUCUAAUGUACCUCUAUAAACUCAACCAACGACAACCUCAAUUUCUAAAAUCCAUCAUUGACGAUCUAUUACAAUGGCACACUACGAUUCCAUGUUGAGGAGGAAAUAAGUUAAAACUAGACGAAGCUUGUUAUGAUAAACACAGAUGCGACGCCAAACAAGCUGAAAUGUUUAUUCGGGUUAGGAGCGCGGCACACACGUCGGGGGACUAGCGAUCAUAUCUGAGACCUGUGUCGCCCACUGUCACACAAGAAAUCUGGGAAUAUGGCUUCUCCCAUACUACCAAACACCUCAAACUUCCUCGGCGUGGCGUUGGUGGUCAACCGGCUACGCGAUGGGCCGUUGUUUGUCUUCCAUUACCCGCCUCGAAUUCUGCAACCGUGCGCCUCUUCCUCUCGUGAUAGCGCGCCAAGAGAUGAGUUGGACGAUGAUGACGAGUUGCUAAAUCAGAUGUCUCAUCCGCCAUUUGAGGCACCCUCUGGUUCACUCCCAAAGACAAUCGACCUGCACAAUUGGAAUCAUGACGAUCAUUUGGAAACAGAUAGUGGCUCUCAAAUAGUACCUUGGGAGCACGUCGCUGGAUAUCCUACCAAAGAUCUUGAAAGCCUUCUCACACCCAACAGGGCUUUUCAUAAGAAACUGUUUCAGGUUUCAUUAGAACAACUCUGUUUCGCUUCGUAUCCGAUAUAUGUCCCAGAGAAUGGAAUAUGGCGAAAGAAGAAAAAGCAACCCAAGUACCAAACGCCAAAAUCGCCUGAAAAUGCGGACUCGGCUAGUAAGUAUGGCGAGUCCUCUAUUCUCGCGAGCGAUGCGCCGCAAAUUGAGACAAAGGACAUGGCGGAGGACGCUAUCACUGGAAACCCCCCAGACGAAGCCGACGAGAAGAAGAGUGGAAUGACUAUGUUCAAUCUCGUCUUCAUAUUAAAUCCGAGAAAGCAUGAAGCAAAGGAAUUGGCCGAAAAUCUUCAUCUUCACAUUAUCAAGAAAAUCAAUAAGGCUUAUAAAUACAGCCAACAGAAGAGCGAUUUUGUAUGGAAAGAGUCGAAACGAAUCUUGGCUCUUAAGGAUAAGGGGCGCGAAACAAAGACUAAGAUGAGCACAUUAUGGAGGGAGAUCCUAGACGUUUCUUCGCUAGCCGCGUCAAUGCAAGAUGUAUUCGAAGCCGUAUCUCAUAAUAAGAUCGCAGCUUUGCAAUUAGAGACAGCUGAAGGAACUGUCACGCACUCGGUUCAGAUACCUGUGCCAUUCUAUAUCACCGAUCUACCUCCCGAUGAUGAAAGCGGCUCCAAAGGUUUAUGGAUAACCACUGCAAACUCAUUCGUUGAAGAUGAUAGCCUUAAUGAUCCCGAAUACCUAGACAAAAACUUCGCUCUACUCUUAAUGAGCGACGAGAAAAAGAUUAUCGCAGAGCUCCAAGCUGAUCCGGAUGAGACAACGGCGGCAAUGAUUGAGUUCGUACGGCUUUCAAAACCCACAAUGUCAUUCCACCAAAUCGGCCAAGGCACAGCACUGUCACCAGCCCAAGUGCGCAAAUAUGCACAACAUUUUAUUUUCUGGCGGCGCGCUAUCGCCAUCCCGCCGCUUCACGCCCGCGACCACUACAUACUAUCGCCCAACAGCGAUAUGAGCCGCCUCCCACGAGCGAGUCAAGCCUGGUCUCGCGCCUUUCCACUUGCUCCACCAUUACCUGAAUUUCUGGCUGUUCUGUCUGCCGCCCCACGCCCUUACAAGUUAUUCGCCCCCAGCAAGAAUCACCGCCCGACCUAUCUAGCCAUGUUAGCGUGGCUUAUGCGAGGCGGUUGGGUUACUCAGCUGUGCACUUUUGCCUAUGUUGUCGUCUGGCCCGAGAUUUUGUAUGAGGUGGAUUAUGAACUUGAAAAAGAGGAGCUACAGCGUGCCGCUCAACUGCAGCAACAAGACGAUACACACCAUCGCUCUUCAUCCUUUGCCACUAACGCCUCCGCCGACUCCUCCUCCUCGUCCCACUCUCAUGGAUCUACUCUCUCAACUCCUUCCUCCCCACCAAACCACCCGCCUCAAUCAUCCGACGACCCACAUUCCUCUCCUUCGUCUCCUAGAACCGCUGCUGCAGAUAAUAGAGACAGAGGCGGUAGUAGCAGCCCCACAGUACCACCACAAUCAAUGAGUUCCUCGACAGCAACCAUCCGAUCGCCAACUACGGCCGGCGAACAAGCAGCGGAGCAAGCGCGACUCGAUCGGCUGGCUUCGCGCGCACAUCGCGAGGCAGCCGAAAAAGCAGCUGCACAUAAUCGUCGCACACAGCCAAUACGUACCGACCACCCAUCAACAAAUGAUGCACCACACUUAGCCCAUCUAUCUCCCUACAUAAUCGUCGACGCCGGCCGCGUCGGCGCGCGCGAAUCGCGGUAUUUGGCAGCAAUCCGUGAAAGACUACCCGAGCGCAUAAUACAUCAUUCUACCACUACCGCUGCGCCUACACGCGCGCCUUCACCUACACAUGGUACUCCCGCCCCCGCCCCCACACCCACGCCUACAACUACGACUACUACGAGCGGAGGACUCGGUUCAAAAGGAACAGGCACAACUCUAAACCCACGUAACAAGUGGCCUAUAUUUUGGAAAUAUUUCAAUGGUCGCUGCGCAUUGGAGCGCGUCGCGCUACAUGAGGAUUUAAAGAGGCGCGAUGCGUGGAAUUUGUUGAAUUCGAUGAGUGAGUAUCUUAUUUGUGUUCGGCAUUGGUAGCCCCAAGUUAUUUGGAGUGUGUAAGAAGGAAGGGUCAUGUGAAGAGUAUAGCCGUAUUAGUUUAAAUCCGUUUAGUAUAACAUGAUACCUACACAUCUUGUUAGUAUUAUAAAUCAACUAGGUAGCUUACCGUAAGACAAAUGAUCAAAUGUUUCACAUACGA